AUGCCUACCACACCCGCGAAAGAGGCGUUGCAUCAGCUGCAACGAGAACAGUCUAAGCUGCUAGAUGGCAUCGACGAGUUACGAGCGAUUGGAGUCGGCAGCCUCGUGGAACUUCCUCAGCUGGUGGUCUGCGGUAACCAGUCAAGUGGAAAGAGUUCCGUCCUUGAAGCUAUCUCCAGAGUUAGAUUCCCAGCGAAAAGUAACAUCUGUACGAGAUUCGCGACCGAAGUCAUCCUGCGCCGAAGCCCAACACCCACAAUUAAGAUCUCCAUCGAACCGGGGCCAUCGCGUAAAGAUGCACGAGAACGAGCAAUUCUGCAGGCGUUUGCACAGGAGCUAUCCCCAGCCGAUAAUGAUUUACCAACUGUCAUCGAGAAGGCCAAAGGCCAAAUGGGCGUAAAUGAAACAGCCCAUUCUGGAUUUAGUGAUGAUGUUCUAAAAGUCGAGAUUCUGGGGCCUGAUCAGCCAGAAUUGACCUUGGUGGACUUGCCUGGCCUUUAUUACUCUGUGAGCCAGGACCAGAGCUUGGAAGGAAUCAGGGUAGUCCGAACCUUGACGGAAAAGUAUAUGAAGAACAAAAGAAGUAUCAUCCUUGCAGUCAUCAGCGCAAAGGCCGACUACCAUCUCCAGGCGGUUCUGAACAUUGCUGAACGGUUUGAUCCAAAGCGGGAGCGCACGCUCGGAAUCAUCACGCAACCGGAUACUCUUGAACCCGACUCAGAGGAGGAGAAGACGUAUAUCCAGUUUGUCUCUAAUGAAAAGAUUCGAUUACAGUUAGGAUGGCACGUCUUGCGCAAUCGCUCCUUUGAAACACGGGAUAUCCCGGAUGAUGCCCGCGAUGCAAGAGAGAAGGAUUUCUUCAACCAAGGCCGAUGGUCCUCUCUAUCCAGGGACAGUGUUGGAGUUGAGAGUCUCCGGCGACGCCUUAGCAAUAUCUUAUUCAUGCAAAUCCGUCGUAAUCUCCCUGGGCUGAUAGCUGACAUCAAGGCGAAGGCUUCCGACCGGGAGAAGGAGCUCUCGAAGCUGGGUCCUCCACGUACCACGGGGCAACAGCAACGGGGAUAUCUGCUCAACAUCAGCAGCAGCUUUGAGCGUAUCACAGGGCAAGCGUUGCACGGCCUAUAUGCGGACGAGUUCUUUGGUGCGUUGGAAAAUAUAACUGAUAGCCACGACUUCCGGCGACUCAGGACCAUCAUCAGGCAAUUGAAUGAGUAUUUCGCUGACGCCAUGGCCGCUCGAGGCUCUCGUCGAAUAAUCGUGGAUCGUGUUCCGGGGUUCGUUCAGGAUUCGAUGCAACAUGACUUGAAAAACCCUUACUUACCAGGAAGGUUUCCACAUUAUGUACUUCGGAAGAACCUGGAAGAGGAGGUCGCCGAACAGGCUCGGAAGAACAGAGGAAUUGAGCUGCCAGGCAGCGCUAAUCAGCUCCUCGUGGGUAGCCUGUUCCGCGAUCAGUCUCUCCCGUGGGAAGGGCUUGCUAAAGAGCAUCUUAUGAAGACCUGGGAAUCAGUGCGGUAUUUUGCCUUACUUGUGAUGCAGCACACAGCCGAUGAUCAUACGUUCUCCUUGCUGGCUGGAUCAAUUAUUGAGCCUGCAUUGGACAAGCUGAGGCAAAACUUGCUGGCCAAGCUCGAUGAGCUGACUGCAUACACAAAACGGGGCCACCCGCUGCCUGUGGGCAAGAGCUUCCUCACACAGAUUCAAAAGGCGCGAAGCGAACGGCAUCUAUCCUCGUUGAAGACAAAGCUCAAAUCUUGUAAUAGUCAUAUGUCUGAGGGGGAAGCGCUAUUCUCGAUGAAAGCAAUCGAAGAAGCAACUUCCAACAUGGAAUUAAACCGCGAUGAAUAUGCGGCGGCUGAUAUCAUCGACCAAAUGCAAGCAUAUUAUGAUACUGCUAUAGUGACCUUCGUCGACAAUGUCGCAACUCUGGGCAUCGAAAAUUGUCUUCUUGACCCUAUACAGCGUAUUAUGACUAGCCAGGUAAUUAACAAUAUGCACGAUGACCAGGUCCGAGAAUUAGCCUCCGAGCCAUCCUUUACUAGCGACGAGAGAGACCGUUUGGCCAGUGAGGUUGAGAAAUUGCAGGCAGGUCUCCGCACUCUCAAGACCUUCAACAUCCAAAAGCCUACAUUGAGUGGCCCACCCUCAAUUGAAAAGCUGGAAAAACCACGAAUUGGCUUUCAGGACAUUCACCCGCCAGUCACAGGGGCAAAAUCGACGACUCAGUCGUCACUGUUUCCAAGUCCACAAGAAGUGAAAACUCUUAAAUCACAAACUACAAAGCCCUUUCACGGAGAGCAAACCCCAAGUGUCUUUAAUUUCACGACCCCGCAAACCCCGUCUUCGAAGGGCUUCGAAAAUCCGCCCUUACUAAGUGCGAAAAAACCACCCAAGGCGACUUCGUCAACCAAACUCGACUUCGUGACCAAGAAGCCCAGGGUAAGACUGCCCCAAACUGCUGAGAUUUAUGAAAAGGGCGGGGAGAAAGCCAAGGUGCCACCACCUGACCAACCCAGCCUGUUCUCUGGAAUCUUCAUCCCAGAUAAUAGCCACCAGUAA